AUGUGUAAAGCAGUGCCUAUACUGCGAUUACGAGGUUUUACUUCUAGUAAAUCUGGUGGUGGUGCUACCCUCCGCAAGUAUAUCAAGAACUAUAUACAGAAGGAUUCUCUCCGCCACUAUUCAGCCCAGAUUUAUAUUGGCCUUCUUGUCUCUGAUAGUAGCUCUGGUCGUGCUAAGACAUCGAGUGUUAAGAUUUCCUCGACCCGACCUAGCCGCGCCGGUACCUAG